AUGACCUCAGAAAAGUCACCUUUGCCCAAGGCCGGAGAGGGGAAGGCACACAUGUACACGGGGCAAGAAAGGGAAAUUCCUGGUGGGGUGACUGAAGAAUGGGCUGGCUCAGCUCCAGAGAAGGAUCCAGUGGAAAAAGCCAUUAGGUCUCAGGACACUGAUAAGGCUUAUCGCUCCUGUUAUCAGAGGUUUUCUGAUCUGAAUGGUCAUCCAAGCAGUAAAGGAAAGCUCCAGAGUGGCAGCCAGAAUGGACCUCAGGAAGUGCCCUCAACCGUCAAUACCAACUGCAUGUUCAUUCCUCAAAAACUCAAUUUAAUUGAAUACCUUGAUGACCUCCCAACCCCCCAUCAAGAUUCUGAUUCCAUCUCAAGGAAGCCUGUUCCAGAGAGCUUACCACCCCCAGAGAGCUCUGGUGGGUUGUCUACUUAUGUCCCAGCAAUCACAGGCAUUGACCCCUCCAGCUUGUCAAUUUUAGACCUCCCUCAGUGGCAAACUCAUGCCAAAGACUUCUUCCCUUCAACCCUGGCUCCACGUGAUUUCCAUCAAGCCCUCCAUUCUUCAGACGCUUCUUCCAGGGGAGACCCUGCAGCCAACCUUGUAGAGCCUGGGAACCUCUCACUUCUCAGCCCUGAUGCCCUGGCACUUCUAGAGAAACAAGUCCAAAAGAGGUGUGACUUCCUCAGGUGGAAGGAAACAAAAGGAUCUUUUCCAAAACAAACAAUUGUUGGUACGCAUGAUUUGGCAUCCUCCCUCCCUCUUGGGAGCAGCAAAGACCAAUCAAAGGAGCUGCCUACGCAGCAGCAGCGCCCGUAUCCUACCAUCUUGAAGGAGGGCCAUUCACAGCAAACCCCCAUCCAGUUCUUCUGGGGUCUCCAAACUCCACAUAGUGAGUCCUUCUUCCCUGCUGCUGAUGCCUCAGAUAACAUCUCGAAUGCCUCCCCAGAGCAGGAAUCCCCAGUAGUUCCCCAUCCACUUCCUCCAUCUUUGCCUGAGAACCCACCUCAACUCCUGCCUCAAACCCAGCCCCUACCUAUCCCUCAGGUCCAGCCCCAGGCCCAGCUUCAAUCCCCACUCCCAAUCUGGGCAUCUGGUCCUCUACCCGACAUCAAGAUCUGUGGAGUGUGUUUUCACAGACCUCAGAAUAAAUCCGAGAGUCUCACAUCAACAGAAAUGCAGCAUGUGGAAUGGGACGUGUUGCAGAAGGUACAGAAACGUGUGUGGGGCUUACCCACUGUAGUCCAAAGAUCCCAGGAGGACUACUGUCCUUCCACUCCUAACCCUUGUCUCAGCCACAAGGCCACCAAGGCCCAAGUUGUAAUCUCUGUCCCUCCUGGACAGUUUCCUCUGAAUGAAGAGCUUCGGAGAAAACUAGAGUGUCACCUUCGAAAGAGGCUCAUCCAACACCGGUGGGGCCUGCCCCUCAGGAUCUAUGAGUCUCUCCCACUGAUGAGUGGUCCGAGUACUCUUCCACAGCUACCUGAGUCUCAGUGCCAUGGUGGACACUCGGGGAUCUCUAAUAAGAGUCCGAUCAGUGGAGUGUCAAAAAGCAUGUAUGUGGAGGUCCCAGAAAUUCUGUUAGAGGACAAUGACCUGGCAAACGAAGAUGACCUGAUGAAGGAUCAGGGACACAACCCAGAGAAUGAUAUGGGGUAUGAUUCUGAGAAAGAACUUAGGAGCCCAUCCGUGCAAAACUCCAUGGUGUCUGUGGAGACCAUGGGACAGAGACAACUUGAAAAUGCCCUGAAGACACAUUUACGCAGAAAGUCUGAGGAAAUCAGUGAGGGUCAGUUGCCUGGGGCUGUGCAUAAUUCAUGGCAUACUAUGCAGCAGACCUCACUACUUUCUGAGAAAUCCCAGACUGAAAUAAAGCAGGGAAGUUUGCCACCAUCAGAGGUUGAGGACUACUCCCUGAAUACCUUCCAGGAGCUUCCCCUUGUUGAACCUCGUGCAGCACAGAAGCUGGAAGACCAUAUUAAAAGGCUUAAUAAGAGGGUGACUUGGGGCCUGCCCCCUAGGGUCCUUGAAUCCAUACAGCACUUUAAAUCAAGAGAGUCCACACACUCCCUUGAUGGAAGCUUGAAAUCUGUCCAUGGAGACAAAGCAGGAACAGCAAAUUCAGCCCCCAUCCGCGAUCAUCCUCUCCCUGCCACCUCAACUGUGGGCAAGGAAAAACAGAGCAUUCUGAGGCCAUCACACUGUAAUAUCAACCAUCAGUUGGCAGAGGAUGUGCUGAAAACUAAGAACGGCAGCCAGACUCCUACAUCUGUCAAACGUGACACCUUAGGCAACAGAUGGGCCCCAAGGCUGCCUACAAGGCAAGGUGCAAUCAGAUGGGAGGCAAAGGGUAAGAGUGCGAAUACCGGUGCUAGAAGAGGACGGCAACAAGGCAGAAGGGUGAAGAAUCCAGAACCUGUUGUUGUGCCCACAGAGUCCAGGGAGAUAUUCAGGACCAAGGAAUUUCAUACAGGUCAAUCACAACCUCGCAUCUUGACAACCAACAAGCCAGUUAGCUCCCAAAUUAUACAGAGGAAUGAGCAUCAAGUCCAAACCACCAUCCCACCCAACACACCAAUUCCACAGGAUCCUAAGUCAUGGAAUCUCAAAGAACAACUCUUGCAUGAGUUAAAGCUUACGCUGGAGGACAGGGAGCAUAGCCAGGCCCAAGCCCCAUACACUGGCCUGGUCCCUGCCUCAGAUCAUUUGACUUAUAAGGCCUCACUGACUCAUGCCCAGGGUGUCUCCCCCGGGGACACGAGAGCUUCCCGGGUGCUGCAUGUCCAUCCAGAGGACACAGGAAUUACGAUGGAACAACAGCAGGAGCCCUGGGUCCCUAGGCAGUUCUUAAGGAAGUGCCAGAAUAAGAACCCCCCACCGGCUGCAAAGACCAUGAGGUGUCCAGGAUCCAAGGCACAAGAGCAUGGUGGAGGGGAUGCAGGACUGGGAACAUCCCAACUGAGGAUGAACAGGUUCCCUACUGAAGAUGUGGCAUCGAAGAAGAGGUUCCCUACUCAGGACGCAGUAUGGAAGGUAAAGCUGGGAAGCCAGCCUUCCCAGACCCUAUCACAGAAGGGUCAGCUGCCUCCUGAAAGCCUUUCCCAGAAGGCUCAGACUCCUUCUAUUUUCAGUAAAAAAAUGAAGGAUUUUUUGCAAUGGCUUACUCCUGGAAUUCAACGCAAAAGGCAUGAAAACUCCCAGGAGAAGCAUAGUACCCUAUCUGUGGAAAGCAGAGGCCUACUUAACGGUAGAGCUGCCUUUACCGUAACGCCCGAAGCUCAGAAAAUCAUGACAGCGGUUGGAAAGAUCCAAGAGGAGAGAAUGGGGUGUCGGCGUGCAAUAGGCAGCACCUGCCCUCAGCAGCCCAUUCCCUCCCCAACCAAGCUGGGGAAAACUCAGCACAAAGCACAAGUGCAGGCCCAGGCACAGCCUGUCCCGGGGUAUCCGUUCAACUGCAGGGUUCCCGCCCGUAAGGAGACAAAUACCAGGUCCUUCCAGCAAGCAGCCGUCUUUGCUGGCCAAGGCCUUACUGGAAGUAACAGACAGCUCAGAAACAAAGACAGACAGCCCCAGAAGUUUGUGGCAGAGGUAUCCCCUCUCCAUGCCCCACAGGGAGCCUGCGCCUCACCCAAAGGCCAGCUGCGGGCAUCAGGCUGCCCCGUGGCCUCUGACCAAUCUCAGGAUUCCUGA